AGAGACGUAGAGGAAAAAAAGAAAAACUAAAAUUAAAGUCCUAACAAAGAUACAUGGAACCCAAAGCCCUAAUCAAGAUUGUUGAUCCACCAACAAAGAUCUGAAGAAAUUCCAACAGGUUCUUCUCUCUUUCUCUCCCCCUUGCCCUAGCCCCGUUGUACUUUUAUUCUACAAUAAUUUUUUUCAUUAUUUCGUUGCUUUCUCAGUCUUUGCCACGAAGAAUAUUGAGGUAAUAAUCAUACUCACUUAAAAUCAAAAAGGUUAGUACUUUAUUAUAUGAAAAUCCUUGAUGAUUUGUCUUUUGUUUUAUUGAUGGAAAAAUGUAUGCGAUGAGUUUGCCUUUCUAUUUAUUUCAAAAUUGCAAUAUUUGGGUUUGCUUUGAAUAAAGUUUCGGUUGAUGGGUUAUUAGAUUUUUAGGUGGUUUUGUUUGAUUUUGGGUUUAGAUAAUGAUAUUUUUUAGGACGAAAUUGAAUGUUCAUUGGUGAAUGGGUUUAUUUUGCUAGUGAACUAAAAGGCAGUAUGGACUUAUUGAAUCCAUUCUUGUAAGUCUUCUCUUCCUUUAUACUAGGUAAGUUUCAUUUUUUGUUCUUAUUUAUUUAUUUAUUUUGCAAGUGAAAGGCAAAUUGAAAUAAACCAUGGGAAUAGCUGCUUUAUUUGUCAUUGCAAUUAUAUUUCACUUGUAAGAUCAGUUGAAGUAUAACGCGCAAUGUCCAAUUUGCUUUUCUUCUAUGCUUAUAAAGUACUUGUUGGAUCUUUAUCAAAGGGAGGAAAAAUGAAGGUAUUAGAUAUCAAUGAAUUUCUGUUUGCUUUCGAUCCACAUGAGAAAAAUAACUUAUCAAAAGAAGAGGAGAAAAUGAAGUCCUGCAAAGACUAGUGAUUAGGGAGUUAAUUGAAAAAAGUGUAAUAUGUGACAUAAAGGGUGGGUGAUUAGUUGCUUUUUAAUUAAUUUGAAUGGUAUGGUUGAAUAGAUGCUUUAAAGUAAAAUAUUCUUCAUUGGGUAGUAGGAACUGAAGAUAAUUCUCUUUGCAUCAAUUUAUGGUAACUCUUUCUAAUAGGUUUUAUUGCUGAAAGAUACAUAAAAUCCCACCAAGCAUUGAAAAUAUGGAUAACUAACUCCUUAAUAUGUAUCUACCAAAAUCGCAAAACAUAAUAAUUUAGCUAGAUGUACUAAGUAUUCUAUUUCUUUUGAAUUACUUAGUUGCUAGAUUUGCUUGUUUCUUAUGUAUUUUUUUAUUCAAUGUGUGGGUGAUUUAUUCUCUUACUGCUUUAUUGAAAGGUUAAAUAUUUUAUUGGUCUGUAGAUUGAAAGUUUUAUUUAGAAAGUACAUGAUAGAACCUUUGUUAUGACUCUUCAUUUUAGAUUAUUCAGCAGAUUAUGCAAGUAGGAUGACAUAUGUUAUUUUCACCAAUGAAAUGGUCUCAAAAGUUUAAAAAAAUAGUUCAUGAGUAAGUAAACUAUAUUAAAUUUGCUGAGCUUUAGCUCACUUAAUAACAGAGGGAAAAAAUUCUUUUCCUCUGUUAUAAGUAAGUCUCUUUAUUUGCAUUUUUGUUGCUUUCUGUCAAUGUGUAUAUUUUUUCCUAAGUCAUAAAAGUAGGUAACAAACAAGAUAGAUAGAUUUUGGUAAUUAAAAGUUAUUCGUUGUAAGGGCACCACUCUUUUCCUUUUUUCUAAUAAGGAAAAGUUUAUCAGGAAAAGCAUCAGUACUUAUCGUGAACCCAAUGAAAAGAAACAAAUUAAUGAAGGAUCAAACUAAACCAUUUAAAAUCGCCUGAUACUCUUUAAAUGGAGGCUGAUGAUUGGUGAAGGAUCUUCUAAACUUCUUUAAAUAUAUACUCGUCAUUAUUUUGUAGUGACUAAUAAUGUCAUUUUUUAGAAAUAUUAUGUGACUGUUUUUCUUGUUUAUAUGUUUUUAGUCCUUUUGCAUUUGUUUUUUUCUUAGAGUUCUAUUCUAAAUUGCGUCGAUUUUACAGGUUAUAUACCAAUAAGUGUUACUGAUUGUAGAUUACAAUCCAAGUAAGCUGCAUUAAGUUUAUCUCUCAAAUUUAGAUAGUUAUGGGUCAAGAAGGGUCUUCAAGAAAAAAGGAAAAAGGAAAAAUCCUGUUAUAUGUUCAAGCUGGAAGUUUAUCAUGUUUGGCAAAAAAAAAGAGAAUGUCAUUGACAACAAACGAAACUGUUCAAGCUAUACGGUCAGAGAAAGAGCAUUUGCUAAAAUUAAUUGAAGAACAACCAACAAUAGGAGCACGAUCUGAAGCAAAUGAAUGACAUGUAGAGGAGCAAUCUGUAGAGGAGCAAAUUGUAGAUGAGCAUACGCAAAUAGAUUCUACCACUCCUAAAGCUAAUGAACAAUCUGAAGAACAAGGCAAGACCACAUAACUUAGAAUCUUACUGAAUUCAUCCAUGACCUCUAAUUUUUUGUAUUUUAUUAUAGCUUCUAGUCCUGCGACUCAAAAGAGAAAGAGAGGCAGGACACAAAUGCGUAGUGUCCAUGGCCGAAAGGUGCGUAAGAUGAUCACACUUAACAAUGUUAUUCAGCCCAUUGGUCCUACUAAAAAAUAUGUAAGAGAGUUUGGUAGCUUCCUCGGUAUAUUGGCAAGGACUACAACCCUUUGCCCACUGAAUAUAUUGGACUGGAGGAAAAUGGACACAAAAGACGAUUUAUGGACAUAUACCAAGUCGAAGUAUAAUAUUCCAGAUGCUGCAAAAACAUGGACUUUAUAUUCAAUUGGAAAUGCUUGGAGAAGGCAUAAAAGUCAACUGAAAAAAGAUCAUUAUGAUGCAUAUCAAAAUGAUGAUGUUCGAAUGACAAAAAGGCCUGAUUAUAUACCAGAAUAUCAGUUUAAAGAACUCCUGAAAUAUUGGAGUUCUGAUAAACUACAGGUGGAGAACUUGAACAAGGAGAUGAAAGUGAUGAAGAUCUGACUUAGGAGUAUUAGCUUGAUUCAUGAAGAAACUUUACAUAUGAAGUAGGAAUGUUUUGUUUUUGAACACUUUGGAAACUUAUGUGUUCCAAUUCACUGGCAAAUAUUGUUAUAUAUUUUGCUUUUUUGGAUAUUACA